UCUCCUUUGCAUGCAGCAGCAGCGACAGCAGCGGCCAGCGCCUGUUGGUUUUGAAUGAGCGGAAAAGUAGUCUUCUAUAGCUCCCUGUUCGCAGAAAAGGCACAAAUCAUAUCUAAAAACAGCCUUCUACUGAACCACUGUAUAUUCUUCAUGUUGUAGGGAAGGUUUGACGCUGCUUAACCUCUUUGGCAGCUCUAGAGGCCCAUUGUUUUUUCUCGCUGCUCAAAACAAUCCCGAAGAGCUGACACCGAACUUUCGUGAUGUAUUAUCUGGUUGAGUUAGUUUGUAUUUUUGUGCUUUUUGUGAGGACUGUAUCCUGCACAUGUCCUCAAACAAACUACACUGGAGAUAGUGGGAGUCUCUCCUCGCCGGGUGUGAAUGGAACUUAUCCUAAAACUUCGAGUUGCCUGUAUAACAUCAGAGUUCCUGCAGGAAGGCGUGCUUUGUUAUCGUUUUCUAAGUUCGAUGUGUUGGGUUCUAUGCCUGGAUGCUCUGAAGCUUCUGUAAAGGUUUAUGUCAGUUGUGCUGAGAAACGUCAUGUGGGGACAUUCUGUUCUUGUGGCCUUGCCCAUCCCUUGCCGUUUGAUAUCUAUUCCACUGAUGAAUGCAUCUCCUUGGAAUUCAAGUCCAAUGGAAUAGCUCAAGCGUCAGGUUUCACGGCUCAGUACAGCUCAGCACAAAAAAAUGAGUCUGUCGCAUCAUCUGCUUGUAGAAAUCCAGCACAGUAUGUGAAUGAGAGAAAUUUCUUCACCCCAAAUUGGCCCAUGAACUACCCAAGCAACAUAAGCUGCAAAUGGUCACUGAAUGUCAGCGGCAAUGACCUCUUUCUGUCGCUCAUGUCAUUUCAAAUUGAAGCUAGUAGCUCAUGUAAUCCUGAAAGCAAGAUUGAUGACUAUGUAUCAGUAUCAGGCACUACAGUUGAUGGCAAGGAGAAAGCCAUCGCGAAAAGACUCUGCUCAGAUCAGCUUGAUGGAGAAGUCAGCAAAAACUUCACUGUGAAGGGAAUGUCAAAGAUUCUGGUUGAGUUUUAUGCUGACUCAGAUAAUAAUGCUCUCUCUGGGUUUGCUGCUGGCUUUGUGAAUUAUCAAGCAGGAAUUACUGUGGAUGCAUCUACUGGAAAGUGCGGCAAGAAGCCAACUGACCCAAAGGGUGCCACCCAGUCACUGGUGUCUUCGCUGUUUCUCAUCCUAUUUGCUGCGUUGUUAUCCAUUGAAUGGGAUGCACAACAAUGAGACACCUAUUUGCAUUGCCUGCAUUUCUCAUCCUAUUUGCUGCCUUGUUAUCCAUUGAAUGGGAUGCACAACAAUGAACCACCUAGAGGCAUCGCCUGCAUUGGUAAUACAUAGGUAUAGGAAAAUUGACAAACAAGCAAAUCCGUGCUUCCUCGUUUUAGUGUUAGGGGACCCUCAAUACAGUUACUCACCAAGUUCUUUCCCUAUCCUGAAAUACAACAUCGAGAAUGAAGUGGUUUUAAUCCGUUCUCUAUCCCGAGCCAAAAAACUUGCAUGCUCAUUGGAAACCCCCUAAUUAUUCAUUUUGUGGACAUUAGAGAAAUUUGCACGUGCAGAGACAUUUCGCAAGGGAAUAACAGGGCGCUCUAUUGUUAUGCAGCAAACUUACCAGUUUGCCACAUGACAAUAGAGAAAUGUCUCUGCACAUGCAAAUGUCUCUCAGGUCCACAGGCCAGAGAACACGCAAAAAGUACACAAGAACACAACCAUAGACUACACACGUCUUUUCAACUGCACACAUCUUUUCAAGUUUUUUUAUUUCUUAUUUUUGUUUACCGUAAGUAUCAUUAGGGACAAAUAAAUAGCUUGGGCUACCUGUGAUGUAGCCUAAACAGUAGUUAUUACCGACUUAGAACUCAAAAACAUAGGCAGAUACUUCUAAUAAAGCUAAUGCCGUUGUCAAAGAAACAUUUCGUGUUUAUAAAGAAUUUUUUUUUUGUUAAACACGUUAAAAAGGAUUGAAAUAAUUAAUAAACUUGAAUAAAGUA